GUACAGGUUGCAUUAUCAAAGAGAUUUGAGGUGAUAAGUGGAAAUCAAACAUGCUUGCUGGCUGAAUUCUCAGCCAACUUUUCUGUCAGCUAUGAAACCACAGCUAAAAAGGGGGCCACAGUUUUGUUCUCUCUCCCAGAGGAUGCACGUGUAGACAACCGCAGUAAUUGUAAUAAUAUGACUGCGCCAGUACUGGUAGUGAGUUUUGGGAAUGGUCAUUCUCUCAGCAUGAACUUCACAAGGCACAAUGGAUCCUACAAAAUGGAUGUACUGACUGUUUCUUUCAAUGAGAGUGAUAACGUACAUUUCCCAAAUGCAAGUUCUAAAGGUAUUCUGGUAACAUUUUCAAGGUCUGCAGAUAUCAGUGCAAAAAUGAACACAACGUACAGGUGUACAAGUGAUUCUACUGUACACAUGAAAAAUGUAAAUGUAACUUUGAGUCAUGUCCGAAUGGAAGCUUUUCCGUCAAAUGAUAAUUUCAGUAAAACUGAAACUAUAUGCCAUGCUGAUAUGCCUCCAACUGUACCUAGUACAACGCUAGUUACCACCCUGGCUCCGACAACUGUAACACCUCCGACAUCGAAUCCAAUUCCAGGAGUGUAUAAUGUCACCAAUAGCAACGGCACCUGCCUGCUUGCAAAAAUGGGACUACAGAUCAACAUUACAUAUACAACCUUACUUAAUGAGAGCAUAAUGAAAGUUUUUAACAUCCUGCCAAACUCUACACAUGCAGAUGGAAACUGCAGCAGUGAUCGUGCCUCUCUCCAGUUGACCGAUGACCCGACUAAGCUGAUUUUUGUGUUUGUUGUGAAUACUACUACCAACAAGUUUUACCUAAAGGAGCUUUCCAUUUCCACAAGAAUUCCAUCUACUGCUCAAGGAAAGGAGAUUACUGCUAAAAAUGACAGUCUUACCUACCUACAGACAACCUUAGGCAAAUCUUAUAUGUGUCAUUCUGAACAAACACUGCAGGUGAACCCAAACCUCUCCAUCAAUACAUUUGAGCUCCACAUUCAGCCAUUCAGAGUAAAUGAUGCAAAGUAUGGAACUGCUGAAGAAUGCCAAAUGGAUAAAGAUGACAUGUUGAUCCCAAUCAUUGUUGGUGCUGCUCUUGCUGGCCUUGUGCUGAUUGUGUUGAUUGCUUAUCUGAUUGGAAGGAAGAGGAGCCAUGCUGGAUACCAAACCAUCUAACCUCACGUAGAUUUAGCUAUUCCACUUCUGUAACUAAUUCUUUUUCAAAGAAAUGCACACACAUUCUCUCUGGAAUCUUGGGCAUGGACCUGUGUUAAAGGGAGUUAAGAGAAAAAAGUUUACUGACAAACAGAAUCCUCUGCCUGACAACUUGCUUCUAACAUUAUAUUUUUAACCAUAUAUGGUGAAAUAUUUCCCACAGCACGCAGCCGCCACCACCCCUAGACCUUGAGAUAAAGAGUAUACCAUUGGAAAUACAUCAUAAUGUCUAACUCUGGGGUCUGUGACCCAUUUGGGGAAUAAAUACAGGUUGUUCAAUGCAAACCGAAACCGAAGUCAUACCCAAUUAGCCAAUGCAGUGUCGCACACAAUUCAAGUUGAGAGGAAGUGGCAACUGUGUGCCAACUUUGCACAUUUAUGUUCAAAGUUGUUCAUAUACCAAGAGCAGGUGCACUGUAGGUAAUGUAGAGGGGCUGGGUUUAUUUACAUUGAGUGUAGCCAACCAGGAGAGACCAGUUUUUUUUGUCAGAGGUUGUAAUACUAAAUGCAAGAGUUCUUUGGGGAAAAGAACUGUUUGUGAGUAAAUUAGUAAUAUUUCACACUUCUGUUGUGUAACCGAGUGUUAAUUCCUGCUUUACAGAAAUAAUUGUGUGUUGUGCUAAAGUGACUUUUUUUUUUUGGCUAAUUACAUUUAACUUUUAGGGGUGUGUGUAUGUAUACUCAAACGUGUGCCUGUAAAUUAGGCUAUUUGAAAAUUAUGCCCCCAUUCCUACUCCAAACAAAAUUAUAAACAAAUUACAAUGGCUGGGGUAUUGCUAGAUUUUAAUUUGGAUUUGAGUUUUGUUUUAAUCAUUGGAAUGCUACCUUUAGGAAAGGGCUUGUCAUCCUCCUUGGCAUUGUGGAGGAAAAACACAUUGGUUUAGAUUGUGUUGCAGUGUUUGGCCUUUUUGAAAUACAAAAGCACAACAUUGCUCUUGCUUUGCUCACGUGUCACUGCUGUUCACAGUUCACACAGUGAUUGUAUGGAUAUAAAGCAAAGUGCCAUUGGGUGUGAGCAGUUUUUUUUUCCUGUAUAAAUCAGUGUUAAGUCUGAGACAGCUUCAAUAAUUACUGAUAGAUUUUAAGAAACCAGCUGAAUGUGGAUCAAGUCCAAGGAUCAAACUAGUUCAAGUGCUAGUCAUCUCAAUAUGUGUUCUGUGCACUUUGAUCCAUAAACUUGAAAGAGGAUGUUGGUUGAACUGAACAUUACCCUAGCAUACUUAGCACCCACUGUUCUCCCCAAUACAGUUAAUAUAUGUAUAGUUUAAACUUGGUUUAACUUGAUGGCCACCUGUUUCAAACCUGGUUCCUGAUAUUUAGUUUCUUUUUCUGGGUUAUAUUUUAAACUUGAUUUUAUGCUUUUGAGUGAUCUCUUUUGGGUGCUCUGCAAAUGAUUAGGAGCUGGCACUCUGUUCUCUUCUCCCCUUUUUUUUAAAUCAAUUAAACUGUGUGCAUUUUUGUGACUGCACUUUUUCAGGCAUGUCUACCGUAUAAAGAAAUUUAAGCCUGCCAAUCGUGCUUAAGAGCUUAUUUUGGACUGUUAACUGAAGAUUUGGCACAUGAGGUGUAUGCAUUGCCUAUAACCGUGCUAAUAAAGGAUUUGUUUCUCAAA